AUGUACCGGGAUACUUGUUGUUCUAAUAAAGAGGAAUAUCUUUCAUGUUGGAAAGAUCCAAUUUUUCUAACAUCAUUCAUAUUAAUUAGUAUUUCCGUCAUUUUUGGAAUUGUAAUCAUGUUUGUCAACAAGUUACAUAAUCAAUCUUUAAUCAGUACUAUUGUGGUUGGUUUUACAGCAUAUCUAUUCACAAUUGGUGUUAUAUUAUUUGGAGGUUUUAUUGAAUUUCUCUAUGCAUUAAUUGCUCAAAUUGUAUCAUUUAUAUUGGGCAUAAUAGCGAUUCUAUUAAGUAUUAAUAUAAAUACAACGAUUCAAUUAAAACAACAAACAUUAAUUAUGAUUUUAAUACGUUUUGGGAUAAUAGGAAUCAUUUUUCUUUUUUUAACAACAUUCUAUAGGGAAUUCGGAUCUAUGACCUGCAUUUGUUGGUGUUGUGUAGUGGUAAUCUUUAACAUUAAUCAGUUCAUGAUUUCAAUGGUGGAAAUAAUCUAAUGAAAUUACAGCGUUUAUUCCAAAGCAGGAUCGUGAACGCGCACUGCCAUUGAGAAGUUCCACAAUAGGACGAAAUGGUCAUCCAGUUCUUCGAAGUUUUUUUUAUGAUGAUGAUCUAGGCUUCAAUGGACUCAAUUGAUCUCAACUAUUGAAAUGAUCACAUAAUAUCCAUACAAAAAUAAGCCCUCUUUUGCU